AUGAUGACGAAAAUUAUAUCGAAAAGAGCUCCAGGGUUCACGCUUCUCCGAAAGGGUAAUCCUUUUUCUCUCUAUUCUCUGUUUGGGCUCGUCUUUUUCAGAAGCCAGUUUUGCUCUUUUGCUGUCAAUCGUUGUCAUACUGUUAGUGUUAAGGAAACCAUUGAUUUGGAGGAUUUGGUAAAAACGCGUUGUAAAUCUGGUAAUCUUGGGUUAGAUGAAGCACUGGGUCACUUCGAUUCCGUAAUUCAAAUGAAACCCAUUCCCUCGAUUUGGGCUAUUAAUCAUUUGUUUGGGGCACUCUCCAAGAUGAAUCAGUGUUCCACUGUAGUUUCUAUGUAUAAACAGAUGCUGGCUUGCGUUGGCUUACACCCGGAAGUCGGUACACUGAGUGUUGUUAUCAAUUGCUUGUGCCGUAUGAAUCGGGUGGACUUGGGUUUCUCCGUUUUAGCAACUAUCCUUAAACAUGGUCUUCAUCCCAAUGCUUAUACUUUGAAUGCUUUGCUUCAUGGGGUUUGCAAGUAUAGGUCGCUCUCUGAGGCAAUGGAGUUACUCCGGAAAAUAGAAGAGAAAGGAUUAGCAUGCUGUGAAAUCACUUACGCUACUAUAAUUACUGGGUUGUGCAGAGCUGGGAAAACAUGUAUGGCGCUUGAGAUACUCAAGCAAAUGUAUGAAGAUGGAAGGUUUAAGCCCGACCCUCAAUGCUAUAAUCCGAUCAUUGACCGCUUAUGCAAAGAAAGAAGAAUAGAUGAGGCGCUGACCCUAUUUCGAGAUAUGAUCAACAAAGGUGUUGCGCCAAAUGUCAUCAGCAUAAAGCCUGAUGUUUUCACUUUCAAUUCCUUAAUUGGUGCUUCAUGCAAGUCGGGUAAGUGGGAAGAAGCUGUGCUGCUAUUUAGAAACAUGAUUGAUUGUGGAGCCUUCCCUGAUAUUGUUACAUUCAGUUCUGUGUUGGAUGCUUUGUGCAAGGAAGGGAAGACAGCAGAGGCACUUAACCUUGUGGAAGAAAUGUUCCGUAGAGGUGUAAAGCCUAAUGUCGUCACCUACACCUCCUUAAUUAAUAGCCUCUGCCAUUCCGCGCAAUGGAAAGAAGCCACAAGGUUGUUUAAUAGAAUGCUGGAUGAAGGAAUUGCACCAAAUGUUGUAACCUUUAACACUGUAAUACAUGCUCUUUGCAAGGAGAGACGGGCAGAGGAAGCGCUCUCUGUGUUGGAGCUAAUGUCCCAAAGAGGUAUGAGGCUUGACAUUGUCACUUACAACUGUCUAAUUUAUGGCAUGUGCCGUGCAAAUCAAUGGGCUGAAGCCACAAGGUUGUUUGAUGAAAUGGUAGUUCAGGGAGUCUUACCUAAUAUCAUAACUUUGAGAAUACUUUUGGAUGCUCUCUUCCAAGGAGGGAUGCCAGAAGAGGCUCAUAAAGUAGUUGAGGCCAAAGUUAAAUAUGGUAUGGAGCUGAGCAAAAUAACUUGCAGUAUGCUAAUUGAUGGUUAUUGUUUUGUUGGCAAAAUGGAUAAGGCAAAGAAGGUCAUUGAUUUAAUGGUGAUAAAAGAUCGUGUCCCUGAUAUUGCUUCUUGCUAUAAAGCCUUGGUCAACGGCUAUAUGCAAGCUAAAAGGAUAGGUGAAGCUUUGAGGCUCGUUGAGGAAAUGAUCGAACAAGGGGUGAAGCCUGAUUUGGAAACCCUAAAAGCUUUGAGAGGUUUGCGUCCUAAAAGUCAUGUUGUAUCUGCAGAAUAG